AUGCCAUCUUCACCACAACUUCGAGGAUCUCGUCCAAAUCAGGAGCGACGGAAUGCUCGUGAACGUAACCGAGUACAUCAGGUGAACCAUGGCUUUGACUUACUUCGUACUCGUGUACCCAAAGCUGGUGUUAACAAGAAACUCUCCAAGGCAGAUACUUUGCGAGAAGCAGUACGGUAUAUACAGUACCUACAGAGUUUACUCCAUUCCGAUGGUGGCAACAACCAGACAGUUUAUCCAGCUCCAUCGUGCUCAGUAAACUCAAACAUCUAUGCUCAUUCUGAUAUGGAAUUCGAUGUCUACUUCCCCACCUCAGCACCGGUCUCCACUACCUCCUCACAAAACCCCAGCCCUGUUCAUUCGAUGUAUUGCCCACCACCAGUACCACAACCCACUAAUCCAGGUGCUCGGCCAUUUCUGUGA